GUUUUGAUGUUGCAAAGACAGGUGAUGCCCGAAUUGGGUUUGUGGGUUUUCCAUCAGUGGGGAAAUCUACUCUUCUAAGUAAUCUUGCUGGUGUGUACUCUGAAGUGGCAGCAUAUGAAUUCACUACACUAACUACUGUGCCUGGAGUCAUUAGAUACAAAGGAGCAAAGAUACAGCUACUUGAUCUCCCAGGCAUUAUUGAAGGUGCCAAGGAUGGUAAAGGCAGAGGACGGCAAGUCAUUGCAGUUGCUCGAACCUGUAAUCUCAUUCUGAUUGUCCUGGACGUGCUGAAACCCCUUGGUCACAAGAAAAUCAUUGAGAAUGAACUGGAGGGAUUUGGAAUUCGUCUGAAUAGUAAGCCCCCCAAUAUCGGCUUUAAAAAAAAGGAUAAAGGAGGCAUUAACCUUACAGCCACAUGUCCUCAGAGUGAGCUGGAUACCGAAACAGUGAAGAGCAUCUUAGCAGAGUAUAAAAUUCACAAUGCUGAUGUCACACUGCGCAGUGAUGCCACUGCUGAUGACCUAAUUGACGUUGUGGAAGGAAACAGGGUUUACAUCCCAUGCAUUUACGUCCUAAAUAAAAUUGACCAAAUUUCCAUUGAGGAACUAGAUAUUAUUUACAAAGUACCCCACUGUGUACCAAUAUCUGCUCAUCAUCGCUGGAACUUUGAUGAUCUGCUGGAGAAAAUUUGGGACUACUUGAAGCUAGUACGAAUCUACACCAAGCCUAAAGGGCAGCUCCCAGACUAUAGCUCUCCUGUGGUACUACCUUACUGCAAGACCACAGUGGAGGAUUUUUGCAUGAAGAUCCACAAAAAUCUCAUUAAAGAUUUUAAAUAUGCACUGGUCUGGGGUUCAUCUGUUAAACACAACCCUCAAAAAGUUGGUAAAGACCAUACUCUUGAAGAUGAGGAUGUUAUUCAGAUUGUGAAGAAAUAAAGCUGUUCUCACACGG